AUGGGUAAGAAACAGCAUCAAAAAGACAAAAUGUACCUAACCACGAAAGAGUGGAAGGAGCUUUAUGGAGGUCACAAAGAUGAUACGGAGGCACAGAUGCAGCGAGCUAUUUUCAAACGUUUGCCUUUUACGCACUGUGCCAUAUCAUUUUUACCAUUCGAGAAUCCAGUUUGCUCUCAAGAUGGUAUUAUUUUUGAUCUCGUGAACAUUAUCCCUUUCCUAAAAAGGCACGGAAUUAAUCCAGUAACAGGAAAGAAAUUGUCUUCAAAAGAACUUAUUCAUUUGAAUUUUGACAAAGACAGCCAAGGUUGGUGUUUGUGUAAAAAAGUUGCUGCUUCUCUUAAUUUAAAAAGAAACUAUCGCUGUCCCGUCACAUUCCGGGUAUUUACACCUACUUCAAACAUUGUUGCUAUUCGAACUACUGGGAAUGUAUACUCUUUAGAAGCUGUUCAAGAAUUAAACCUUAAAGCAAAUCAUUUAAAAGACCUGCUUAAUGACCAGCCAUUCCAGCGUAAGGAUAUUAUUACUCUGCAGGACCCAAAUCACUUGGAAAAGUUCAAUAUUGAAAAGUUUCAUCAUGUCAAAAUUGAUCUAAAAACUAAAAUGGAGAUUGAAGCUGAGAAACGUAUGAUGCAAGAUCCGAAAUUCUAUAUUCGGCGAAUGAAUAAUGAAAUGAAAGAAGCCUUGGACAAACUUGCCAAAGAAUAUAUUCCUAAAAAAGAAGAAGAAGUUGAGGAAGAUGCGGAUGAAUUAAAUGCUGCUCAUUAUAGUCAAGGAAAAGUUGCAGCAAGUCUUACGUCGACUGCAAUGGCGCCAGUUACCAAACAGAAAGCUGCUGUUUUAGAUGCGGAAACAGUUAGAUAUGCUCGUGUUAAAUCAAACGGUUAUGUCCGAAUUGUGACGAAUUACGGCGCAAUAAAUUUAGAGCUUUAUUGUAAGCAAACUCCUCGGGCGUGUGAGAACUUCAUUACGCAUUGCAAAAAUGGCUAUUACAACAAUACGAAGUUCCAUCGAAUUAUUCGGAAUUUCAUGAUGCAAGGUGGCGAUCCAACUGGUACAGGAAAGGGAGGGGAGUCGAUAUGGGGUGAACCUUUCAAGGACGAAAUUAUAAGAUCUCUCAGCCAUGAUAAACGAGGCAUGCUAAGCAUGGCGAAUCGCGGCACUGAUACCAAUCAGUCUCAGUUCUUUAUCACGUUCCGACCAUGCAAAUAUCUAGAUGGUAAACAUACAAUAUUCGGACAUGUUGUUGGAGGAACAGACACUCUAAAUGCAAUUGAGAAAGUUGAUACUGUCGAGGGGACAGACAAACCGAUCAUGGAUGUGCUUUUCAUGACCGCAGAAGUUUUUGUUGAUCCCUUCGAAGCGGCUGAAAUGGAAGUACAAAAAGAACGAGAUGCAAUCUUGGCUAAAAAAGCUGAAGCUGAAGCAGGUAUCUUUUCACUUUUUAAGCAGGGUUUUCAUGCGAAAACGCCGAAGACUUUUGGCACUGGUGUAGGCAGGUAUCUUGACUUGAGCAAAUUUAAUCGGCAGAAGAAAGUGGCAAAUGAAGAAACCGAUGCUGGAAGUUCGGUUCCAAAAAAGAAAAAGACUACUCGUUCUGAACUAAUAGACUUCAGUUCUUGGUGA